UGGAGUCUGGUCCUGAAGUUUUUUUGCUGUAAGAUGGCUACCUUUACAUCUGCUAUUGUGUGGCCAGGGAGGUUGAAGUGGUGUCCUACAGGUUUUUGUAUAUUGCCAUUCCUGAUAUUUGACUUGUGUCUGUUUAUCCUACUGUUGAAGUUGUUCCUUCAGUUCAUGUGACAGUGGUGCAUUCUUUUAGUUCCAAAGGUCAUGGGUUCAAAUCCCCCUCAGAGCCCAAGUGGAGGCUUGAUGAUGUUCUAGGUCUUUCUGUGAAUGUGAAUUUUGAAGGAAAUGGCAUGUGGGUGCAAAAUUUUUACUGCACAGAAAAUGCGAAAUAGUAUAAUUUUGCUAGUCUUCUUGGUAACGUGGUAGGUUUGUGUGAGUUGUUCUGCAUGUGCUGUUUUAGCAUUGCAUGUUGUGCAUGUGUCUCACAUAAAUGUGGUGGAUUGGGAGAGUUGUGAAGGCAGUGUGACUGUGUAAUGGGUGUCCUGGGUGUCUGUUGUGUGUGUGCAUGUUAUGAGUGUGGCAUGUUUGUAUGUGUUUGCAGGUUGGUUUCUAUAAAAUAGAACGGAAAAUGUGACAAAAAGUUGCCUCUGGAGCUGGGGUAAAUAAUCCUGAGCCUUGUUUCUCGUUCAGGGGAGAGUGAAAUGGAGUCUCCUAUCAUAGCGCAGCUGGGGCAGGACGUCACCCUGAGCUGCCCCUUUGAAUGCGGAUUAAACCUGCAGCCGUUGAACAUCACCUGGAAGAAGGAAGAAGCCGAGGGGCGGGAUCUCCUGGUUCACAGCUAUUAUAACGGGAUGGAGACGUUGCAGAGACAAGAUGUCGCUUACAAGGGCAGAACACAGCUCCACCCGGAGAGAUUCCCGCAGGGAAAUGCGUCCCUGACGUUACGGAGAGUUCGCAGCCAGGAUGAGGGAUUCUACAUCUGCCAUGUCAAGCUGGAUCUGGGGCGGUUUUCUGUGCGGAUGCAAGUUACAGUGGAAGGCUCUGUGAGUGACCAGCCAUCACUAGUUCUGUACUGUGCCGUGUUUUUUACUUUGUUAAUACCAAUAAUGUUUAUGAUCAUUAAGAAGCACUGUCCGGACCAGCUGCGUAAAUUAAGGUUUUGGUCCUGACAGAACCAGCAGCAGGGCAGAGACCAGCCUGAGUCAAACUUGUGGAUAGACAGUGAGUCAGAAAAGGCAAAAACAACAAGGAGUUUUUCUCUCCCCAAAUGUGAAUCUUUUCUAGGAGAUGGACGUGAACAGACAGCCCUAUGGAGAGGUACCACCACACGCCAUAGAGCCUCUCAAGUCAUGGAACAUGGUGACACACAGUCUUCCAGCUCCUUGGGUAAAAUACUGUGUUUUUCAUAGAAUAGAAUAUCAGGCUUGGAAGGGACCUCAGGAGAUCAUCUAGUUUUUCAUGCUCGUUCAAGCUGGUAGAAGAUAGAGGACAAUGGGCCAGAUCCAGAACUACAGUGAUUUAAACCCGCUGAGGAUCUGGCCCUGGGCACUUGAGUAUCCUUGGGAGGGCACGUCAGGAGAUCAUGGUUAAAAUUUUCAAAAGUGCCAAAGUGACUUAGGAGCCUGAGUCCAAUUUUCAAGGAUGCCUGAGGCCCUUUGGAACCUAACACCGUUGACUCUCAGUGACAACAGAACUGAUUUAAGUGACAGGCAGGGCUAGUUCUACCAUCCAGUGACUGGGGAGGGGGAGAAUUGAGUAUUUUGGGGUCCCCUGGAUAUUGCUAUUUAAAAAACAAACAGCAGUACAGGAGUGCAGAGGUAAUUCGACCCCUGGAAAAACUUGGAAAUUAAGAAUUAAAAAAAUAAAAUUU